CCCCCAGGGUCUCCCCCAGGGACUCACGACUCUUCCACUCCAACGGGACUCUCCCCGGGGCCGUGUGGGCUCCACGCGCAGGGAUCCACGGGGGAGUUCCAGCCGAGUCAGCAUGUCGGGCCUGCCCUCCGAGACGUGGCAGCCUUCCACCAUCACGCUGGAAACAACGAUGGGCACCGUAGUGUUGGAGCUCUACUGGAUGCACGCUCCCCGCACGUGCCGCAACUUUGCUGAGCUGGCGCGGCGCGGCUACUACAAUGGCACUCGCUUUCACCGAAUCAUCCGCGGAUUCAUGAUCCAGGGCGGAGACCCUACGGGGACAGGCCGGGGAGGAGCUUCCGUCUAUGGAAAACACUUCGAAGAUGAGAUCCACCCAGACCUGAAGCACACAGGUGCAGGCAUCAUCUCGAUGGCGAACUCGGGGCCCAACACCAACGGCAGCCAGUUCUUCAUCACGCUGGGGCCCACGCAGUGGCUCGACGGCAAGCACUCCAUCUUCGCCCGCGUGGCGCGCGGCAUGAGCACGGUCAACCGCAUUGGGCUCGUUGAGACGGUGGCUCAGGACCGGCCCGUCGAAGAGAUCAGCAUCAUACGCGCCAUCUGCUCGGACUGACGCGUCGCACACACACACACGCACUCUCGCACCUCGGACAUACGCGGAGGCGAACACGGUCCCUCACAGGCGAACACAGUUGCGCGCAGACAUGCGCACGGUCACAUGGGGAUAUGCAACAAUAAUGGCCGCCGUUCACCACGGAGUGGCAGUGACAUCACCACGGCACUUGUGCCAGGAUAGAUGCGAUUGGAGGCCGCGUCACGCGUCGUAGUGGCAGGUUGUCACGAGACAGACCCGGGUGGUAUUACGGGUAAACCGCGUUGACUGGCAGACGCAGCACCCGUGCUCUCAAUUUGGAUAAAGCUGCAUUUCCUCCCAUCAUCCAUGUGUAACGUAACUUGGGGUUUUGAACCCUUGUCAAUGCAUGUUAAACGAAGCCACCUCUUGUCCGAUGUCGUUGGCUACACCACCUCCACACAGUUAAACCAAAACCGCCUUGUGUUCGUCUUUCCUCGGUGACAGCUCCUCCGUGCAGUAGACAUUGCUCGUCUUCUACUCAACGUCUGUGGCGCUGCCAUCCGGGCUCCGCUCCCCUGCCCCCCUCAUGCCCCCAACACCAGGAUGUCAUUUAGCCCCCCUACUUGUGGAGUUAUCACAGACGCACCAUUCGACAUGGAUGUACAUGCGUGGCUGGCUGGAGGUGUGCACCUGUUGUCUCUUCGAGGCCCUGUGCGUGCUGUAAGGCGUUAAUUAUUUUCUUACCAUAAAACAUUUUUUUAAAA